AUGGGAUCAAAAAAUGAGUUUAACGUGGAUGAUUUGCUGUCCGAGUUUGAAACGAUGAAGAUUUCUGCGCUACGAAAUGCGGCUAAACUAUCGCCCAUGAUCAAAGAGCGCACGAUUGGACCGGAUUGUGCCGAUCUUUCGCAAGUGCCAAAAGCAAGCCAGCUCAACACCAGCGACUCGUUGAAAGAGAACGAUGUGAACGCUCCCAACGAAGGCUCACCGAGCACCGUGAAGGAUGCUGACAGACGGAACGGAACGAAGGCUGGCAAACCCACGAGCAACCGACUACCGGUUAGUGCUAAGCGCAGCAGCGAUCCUCCGCCUGACUGUGAGACGGUCACUUCAAAGCUGCAUCAUCAGGAACUCGAACGACAACGGCAAGCGAGUGUCCGGAAGUCACUGGACGAGCGGCAAACAAGGAUCCGCCAGGCGGAUCAGCAGCGUGAAGAGCAGUUGAGGCGAAGUCUGCAGGAAGCCACUGAAAAAGCCGUCCGUAAGCAGCAAGAGGCCGACCAGCGGCUGAUGAACGCAAUCCGCGAGGAGGAACAGGCGGCCCAGGAAGCGACCAACCGGAGGCAGGCCGAGAUUGAAGAGGAAAACCGCCGGCAAAGUGAUAUCGCCACGCAGUUGAAGCACCGUCAGGAUGAGCUUCGUCGAAAGCAUCAGCUGAUCGAAACGAUCCGCCAGCACAGUGGCGCGUUUCGGCUGGGCACGGACACGUUCACGAAAGCACUGACCGCGAUCGGUGUCCAGCACGCGACCAAGUUUGUCAAUCAGAAGAAAGCGGUUCGUACGUUGCAGCGAGACUUUGAUUUGCUGCUCCAAACGAUCAACGCCAGUCAGGAGGUCGACCAGAAGGAAGCGGAUCAGGCCGCUGACUACUGCAGGCAGCUGGAUCAGGUUAACCUAGAGGUGACGGAAAUUGUGGCCCAAAUCGAGAGCGCCCAGAAGCAGCAACAGGAGCAACAAGAGCAACUGCAACAGCAGCGCACUCAAGAGCUAGCCGCCGCGGAACAGGCCAAUCAGCAGCAGCAAGCGAUCAAUCUCAGUGCGCCACAGCAACCGCAGGCCGCGGACACUACGGACGCUGGUGCCGGAAUAGUGGCCGCACCACCACCGAUGCCACCACCUACCGAUAUUCCCGAGAAUGAACCCUUCUUUCAGCCCGUUUCGCCCGAGUGUCUUCAUUUUUACACCGAGGUCAAAAGUUUCUACGAAAAACACCAGGCGGUGGUCAAGCAGUUGCUGGAUGAUGCCUCCAUGAAGACGUACCGCUUCAACUGCCAGAAGGCGAUCAAUAUACCGGUGAACGCGAUCUCCGCCGUCAAUCGGGAACACUUUAUCGACAAGUACAAUAAAUUGGCCGCCCUGCUGAGUGGUCAGAAUGUGAAGGUGGCCGAUGUGAACGUGUCCGUCAAUGGGCAUCCCCUCGGUCGGACGUACUGCACGAUGCUGUUGGCCAAGAAGUUUGUGAGCCAAGCCGACACCGGUAUUUCGAGCAACGCGUCGGCCGCCUUUCCGAUCGCUGCGAUCGUCGUCGCCCUGUGGCAGCGCUUUCCCGAGUUUGGUCUGUUCUUUUUGGCUUACCUUCACCGCGAGUGUCCGUACCUUGUGCCGUACUACCUUCCGCAGCUGGAGGGCCAAAGUCAGGAGGAGUUUCUGAAGACGCUCGGUUAUCGGUUCACCGACGGGACGCUCGAAAAGCAGGACCAAUACCUGAAGCGCAUGUCCGGGUUGGCACGGCUCUAUGCGGCCGUCAUUGUGACCGUGCCGCGACGGGAUGACGCUAACCUGCCGCACCCGCACGGGCUCGAGUACGGGUGGCGUUGGUUAACGAACAUCCUGAACCGGUUCCCGCAGCCCGACAUCUGCGCUACGGUUAUAGGCGAGUUUCUGCAAACGGCCGGUGCCGAUCUGCAUGCCGCCUACGGUCGGCAGUUCCUGAAGGUGUUACGCUUGCUGCAGGGUGACUACUUGGCGGCCCUCAAUCGCAUCGAUACCGGCGGCCCGAAGGCACGGCUCGAGGGCCUGGUCACGCAGAUACUUAGCGAGGGAAGAAUCACUCGCCCGGAGGGUAUGUUGAGUCCCAACUUCUGGUGA